GGCGAUGGGUAAGGAACUCCGGGGCCGGGGGAAAACCUUUAGUAUAAGGCUGUGAGGUGGUGUGCUGAGUAACACAACGAGGUACACUUCACGAACCCACCUGGGACGUACCAACGGCAAGGAGAUGGGAGACAAAACAGAGACUUCACCCCUAACAGCAGACGAGCCGAGAAGCUAUACCAAAGAUGACGACAGUGUGGGGUGAUCGAUCUCUCUGCUGGGGUGUUCUGCUGUGUUUACUGGUGCCUCUGCUACUUCUGCUGGACGGUCAAGCAGCUGCCCAGAGUACAGCUGACGGGUUGAAUCUGAACACUCCUGAGAAUAUAGCAGGGUUAAAAGAGCUCAUCGCGACUGCCAGUACUCUGAAGAAUAUUUCAGAUCCUCAGAUCUUGGAGCAGUUGGCCACCUUAAUCCUUCAGAACUCCUACAUCAACCAAGCCAUUAGAGUGACCGGCCUCGUCGACUUUCAGAAUCUUCAAGGUCACUCCCUGUUGACCUUGGCAGCCUCCAAAGGGAUGAUCUCACUGGCCAAAACAUUACUGGAUGCUGGAGCCUUUGUUGACCUUAUGGACGAAUCAGGUUGGACGAGUUUGAUCUGGGCAGUGAGGAACAACCAGACGGAGAUGGUCAAGUUCCUGCUGCAGUACAACCCCGACGUGAACAUCAAGAACAAGAACUACGGGGACACGGCACUCAUCUGGGGGGCACACAACGGUGACCUGACCAUUGUGUUGGACCUGCUUGCGGCGGGGGCAUUGACCAACCUACCCGAUAAUGAUGGAGACACGCCACUGAUACAGUCUGCUGGAGGUUAUGGUGAACGUGCAGAGGUGACGAGGCAACUGCUGAAGUACGGAGCCCAAGUGGACCAUCAUAACAACUUAGGUUGGACGGCGUUAAUGUGGGCAACGAGGAAAGGACACCUCGAGGUGGUCAAGUUAAUGCUGGCGGCCAAGGCUGACCCCGACAAGAAGAAUUUUGAGUAUGGUGACACGGCUCUGGGAUGGGCGUCCGCUGAGGGCAAUACGGACGUGGUGAGGGAGCUGGUGGCUGCUGGUGCCAACCUAAACCUUAAGAACGAUAACGGUAUAUCGCCCCUCACCUUGGCAACGAAAAAGAACCAUCCUGAGGUAGCGCGGAUACUGUUGGCUGCCGGCGCUGACAUCAACCAACAGGGAGAGGAUGGUGACACGGCACUGAUGGAGGCAGUGUUUAAAGAGAUGCAAGGCAUGGUGGAAGUGUUGCUACAGUACUGCCCUGAUCUGGAUAUUUUCAACCAAAACAGGAAGACGGUGACAAGUAUCGCCUUCCAGCGGAAGAACUUGGAGAUAAAAAACAUGAUUUCAGGACACAAAGACAAAUCAUGUAUUCACAACAACCGAAUUCACGUGGUUGGAGAAACGCGGUACGACAACUGCCGUCAGGUACGAUGCUGCCAUGGCUUGUGGACCCCUACAGGUGUCGCGCUGUCCACCUGCGGACGCAGCUGUAAGACAGUGGGAUCUCCGGCUGGUAUCUGCACGUUGGUCGACCAGUGUCCACAGCUGGCGGAUGAGUACAACAAAGCUCAAUCCUUCGACGAGAAAGCUCACUUCAUCAGGAUCUACAGCUGCCGGUACCGCAGCGACGAAGACGUGCAAGUGUGCUGCCCGAUAACGUAAGGUUAUCGUACUUCACAACACGAAACUGAUGUACAGUACAGUACACGUGUUGUGGUACUGCUGCCAGGCAUAUGGGUGAUAUCCAGGCUAUCCUCCGCUCCUCAAGAAAUCAGGAAACAUUGAUUAAUUAUGGUUUGGGUGGAUUAGUGUUGCUUACAUAAUAUACAGUAUUGCAAUAAUGCCUGUUUACAGUAUAUAUAUAUAGGGGGAAGUAGGAAGGUUAUCACAACAUUGGGUAAAUUUUCACUAAUGCACCGGUCUUUGAAUGGAUAAUAAAAAUAUGUUUUUCCGAUGUUAUUUGAUGAGUUUACAACGAAUUUGAUAUUAAUUUCAGCCGGAAAUCAAUAGUUUUGAGAUUCC